AUGCUUACAACAAAGAGAAAGAAUAAGAAGAAGAAAUUGCCAACAAAACAAAAAAAAAGAAAAAAGAAGGAUAAUAACCAACUUAAAUAGAAGGACCUUUUAAAAUGGACAAUUUUAGCUGGAAGAAGACUGAUUUAAACACUAAUAAAACUCAACUAAAAAAAAAUAAAUCUAAUAUAUAAUUAAAUACAAAAUAUUUUUAAUCACCUGAAUAUUCAAAUCCAAAUUCUAGAAAAUAAAUUGGAAAGAAGGUUCAUGCAGGAAUAGAAUAGUACCUCAAGAAAGGAAGUAAAUAGUUUCUUAAUAAAGAAUUAAAGAGUUAAGAAGAUGUGUAACUUAUUAUUAAUUAAGUUGAUAUUAUUACUGAAUAUUUAAAAAAAAGUGGAAUGGAAAAACUUAAAGUAGAAAAAGAUGUUAUAAGUGAUAAAUUAAGUAAGAGAAUAGAUUACUUAGGUUAUAGCAUUUAAUAAUAAAAAUGUAUUAUUGUAGACUGGAAAUUCUGUAAAUCAAGAUUAAAUGAAAUAUUUAAACAGUCUGAAUGUCAUUUUUAAUAACAAAUAAUAGCUACUUAAUGCUACUUAGAAUAGCGUUUUAAUUGUAAAUUCAAUGUAACUUUACUAAUUGUUCCUCUUAAAGAAAUUGAAAAUUUAAGUUUAAUAGAGUUUAGUUUAGAAGAUGUAAAAAAUCAUUAAAAAGACUUAUUUAAAUCUAAAACCUUCUAAAAAAAUAAGAUUAAAUAUUUGUAGGAUGAUAAAAAUUAUGAAGGCUAUAUGGAUAUGCCAUGUACUUUAAAAGACUUUGAAGGUAGUCAACUCCUAUUUGUAGCAUACUACAUUAAAAAAUAAUAACAAUAAGAUAGCUAAUACUUUAAUUAUUUUAAUAAUUUAGAAAAUGCAUAAUAAUAUUUUAAUUAUUUUGAAUAAUCAAAUGGCUCAAACAUAUCUCAAAUAGAUUAGUUUUAUCUUAUACACAUUUUGA